AUGGCAAAAGCUAUACCGAAAAAAGGUUCACGUGGACGUAUUGGUUCACGUAAGAGUACACGUAAAAUACCAAAGGGGGUUAUUCAUAUUCAAGCAAGUUUCAAUAAUACCAUUGUGACUGUUACAGAUGUACGGGGGCGAGUGGUUUCUUGGUCCUCUGCCGGUACUUCUGGCUUCCGAGUAUCUACUCGGACACUACAGUGGAAGUGUGUUGAAUCAGCAGCAGACAGUAAGCGUCUUCUUUAUGGGCGCUUUAUUCUGUCUCCGCUUAUGAAAGGUCAAGCAGACACAAUAGGCAUUUCUAUGCGAAGAGCUUUGCUUGGAGAAAUCUAA